AUGUCUGCCCAACUCAUUGCGGAGAUUGACGCCCUUAAUGAACAAGACAAGUUCCGAGAGGUUUACGAUAAGCUAAAAAAGCCUGAUGGCAAUUACAACGACAUGGACUUGGAACUUAUGUGGCGAUUGGCUCGAGCAUGUCGUUUCUUGGUUUUGAAUAAUGGCCCAAAGGACAAAAAAGCCAAACAGGAAUGGAUCACAGAAGGCUUAGAUGUAAUGAAGACCGCUGUGGAAAGAUUUCCAACAGCAUGUCUUAGUAAUACAUGGUAUGGCAUAAUGCUAAAUGUCAAGUCACAAGACGAAGGCAUCAAAAACAAAAUCAAACUUGGUUACGAGAUUCGAGAAUAUUUCGACAAAGGCUAUGAAGCCAAUCCGAAUGACUUCAUGACACUUCACUGUCUAGGAUCAUGGUGCUUUGAGGUGGCAUCUUUAGGCAAGGUUGAAAGAGCUUUUGCAUCAACAUUCUUUGGAAAGCCACCGGAAUCCUCCUUUGAAGAAGCUUUGAAGUUCUAUCUAGAUGCUGAAAAAGCUCUUCCUGGUCGUCCAUAUACGGUGUGUCGGAUUGCCCAGUGCUAUGACCGAUUAAAGAACAAGGAGAAAGCCAAGGAAUGGGCACAAAAAGCUAUCAAACUUCAUGCACAGGACCCUGAAGUGGAAGAGUUACAACAUGAGUGUCAUCGCUUGGCGGGGUAA